AUGCUUCUUUUUACACUCUUCCCCGUCUUAGUGCUCGGUGUUUUGCAAAUUCACUUUGAAAAUUCUGACAACUUCUUCAAUGCCAGCAACGUUGCAUUAGGUCCUCCAGGCCAUGAAAUAAAGCCCGGCCACGUUUACCUGCCUGACGAAGGUCCCUACUUUGCCCUUGUGGAUGAUGAUUUUGUUUAUGAAGAAUCCUUUGGAGCAUUGCGCAGAUAUGUUGGUAAGCAGCAAGGUCUAGAAGAAAAGGAUAUCGCCGUGAUUCAUGUAAAUAUGGACGAGGUGGUGGCAGAGACACCUGAUGGCGCAACUUCCCCCAGCAGAAGUAUCCGUGGCGUUGACCUCAAAACAAAGCGCAGAGAAACUGGCGGUCAUAUCGAGGAACUCAAUGAGGCAUUGAGGGAGGUACCUGGGCUUAUCCAACGCAAGGUCCAAUACGGUAUCCAAGCUUUGGUUGUGGAGAUUGGCAGAGCCAUAUAUGGAGACUACAAAGUGCAGCUGGCCAGAGAAUUUACUGAGGGCGACUAUCUGUAUCGAAUCACCGUGGCUACACAGAAGAAUCAGCGUUCAGAAGCUGAAGCUGAAGAGGUGCUUGACUCUGUGGCUGCCUGGGCCACUGAGGAGCCUCGUCUUGGUAUUAUUGAUCUCGCUAUGGACGAGGAGUACGUGGCAGACGUUAUACUGCAAGCGUUGAAUCAAAAUAUUACACAUGGCUUCCUUAUUAGGAACUCACCCAGAUAUUGGCGGAGCUGUGUGCAAUUCAAGAGUGGUUCUCAUGACUUCAUGCCUUGCCCAAACAACUGGCUCAAUUUGGAAGCAUGGAGAGAUUAUUAA